AUGGAGACACAAGAAAUUGCUAACGCUGCCCUUUCAACGGCAUCGGAACUACCGGCCAUUUCAUUAGCGUCGACAUCUUUUUGGUGCCAAACGAAAAGUGAAGUUGAGGAAUUCGAUUUCGAAUGGACGAUUGAACGAUUGGCGUUUUUUGAAAAUGCAUGGGAACCAUUGGCGUCGGCUGAGUUUUCUAAUAAUCACAAACUGAGUAUAAAUUUGGAUACGCAUUCCAAUGUUGAAAUAGAGCUGCAUUUUCAACAGUGUGAAACCAUUGAAUGUGUCUUGGAAAAUGCAUCAUGGGGCAUAAUUGUCCCAUCCACAACACCUCCGAUCAAAGUGGAACUCGCCAUUUCCAAUGAGAAAUGCAAGACAAUAUUCCAGAACACAACCAGUAUUCCGAAAGACAGUAGAUCCCCUGUAACAGUGUUUAAGGUUAGCAAAACAACCUUGCUCGAGUCUGGGGAUUUUGUUAAUGGAAAUAUCACCAUUAACUGCAAAUUCAGAUCUCUGAAAAGAAAUGUACUAAAGGGAAAAGCUACAGCAACCGAGAAAUAUCUUCAUAAAACAGCUAUCAUAGACGACGAUCAGGAUCUUAUUCUGAUCCUCCAUCAACUCGAAGAACUAUUUGAAAAAAUGACGUUAAGUGAUGUCACUUUCAACAUCCGUGGCCGAAAAUUAACAGCCCACAAGAACAUUUUGGCCAUGAGGAGUCCCGUGUUUGCAGCCAUGUUCCUUCACCCGACCAAAGAGUUGAUAUCCGGCGAGGUGGAAGUGGAGGACGUCGAUCCCGAUGUCUUUCAAGAAGUUCUUCGUUACUUGUACACUGGCUCGCCACAAUCAACAGCAAUGGACGUUAUGGCACCGGGGCUUUUGGCCACUGCCGACAAAUAUUUGCUGGACCACUUGAAAACUCGGUGUGAAACUCAUUUGAUUCGCCAAAUGUCCGACAAGAAUUGUCUCAAUUUGCUGUGGCUCACCGCCCACCAUCCAGCGGAGCACCUGAAGAAAUAUGCCAUCGAGUACUUCCGCCGUUAUCCGAGUAAGUAA